AUUCUGUGAUUCCAAGAGCACAAUGAUAGUUUCCGAGCAGACAGUAAACGCAUCAACAUCAUUCACCGGAGCAGAUUUAACAGAUAGUCGUCCAUCCUCUUAACAGAAUCAAGAAAAAAUAAGAAGUCACAAUGAAUGUCGAUCAUGAAGUAAAACUGCUGGUGAAGGAGAUUCAGCGACUUGGCACUAAAGAUGCUGAUGGUCAAACCACCGUAACGUUUGGGGUCUUAUUUAACGACGACCAGUGUGCCAACAUCUUCGAGGCGUUGGUGGGCACCCUGAAGGCAGCCAAGAAGAGGAAGGUGGUCAAAUACGAAAGCGAGUUGCUUCUGCAGGGCGUUCACGAUAACGUUCAAAUCGUCCUGCUUCAGGAAUAAGGCCAAAUGUUUGUAGCAGAUGGCCUUCCCUCAACCUACUGAAUCCUUUCACUGGUACCGGCUUGUCACUGAGCUUCGUUUUUUAAGUUAUCUUCCUUUAUGUGCAAGGCUCAGUAUUUAAAUUCAAACAUAAUGACCAACACGGUUUAGUUCGAACUGUACACUUAUGGACCACGCUUGCAUGUCUGCAUAUGAUUUCAUAUGAUUUCACUGUGCCAAAACAGUAUCACAAAAAGUUAUUUAAGAAAAUAUUUGAGGUUUUCAGUGGCUGAAUAACGGCCACAUUCAUAGUUUCAUAUGAAAAUGAAAAAUGGACUUUCUCUCUCUCUCAGGCGCUGCUGUUUCAUCAACCACGGGUCUGAAAUGUCAUUUUGAUACACUUUUAAGACUAUAAACGCACAAAUCAGGAAUGUAAUAAUUUGUGUAACGCAUUCGUUUGGGUAUAUUCUUUUGUUAAUUUCUUGAGAAAUUACAGUAUAAUGUAACUUUCACUACCAAAUGCCUCUCUUCAUGGUAUCAGUGUCGAGAUAAAAGACCUAGAACAAUGCACUGGCGAGAUUUAGCAACUUUUGACAAACUUCUUCUUCACAUUUGUAAUUAGAGCACUCUGAUCUUGACAAAUUGUUUGUAACGAAUACUCGUUUUAAAGCUGCACUAGGUCUAUGCUUCCUUUUAUCAGCCUCGAGUGGCAAUGUGAGUUAAACCUCAUCACCAAAAAGAUCAUGCAACGUGUUUUCACAUUGCAUCUAGUGCAGCGUUAAGACAGCGGGUAGUGUGUGUCCACCAAAAGUGUCACCAAAUGGCUGUUUCAUUUAUUGUUUACAUGAGCAAUUUCUACUACCUCUUGCGGACUUUGUACAAAGACCUUAUCAGACCAGUGCUUGUGGAAAUAGAAACUACAAAGACAAAUGCAUUUCAAGAAAGACUUUGGCACCUUUUUGUACUAGUUGCAACCUGCUAGAGUAGUUUUUAUUCCCUCUUUUUACAUGUGAUCCAUAAUGAAUUUCCUCUGCGAAACAAAUUCCAAAACUUGCCUUUCAUAAGGAGCAGUUGAUGAGCAUACGGCGGGUGUAUUUCUCGUACAAUUUUUGUUAUUGUGUAAUAAUUACAGGGUUAUUGGUGACGUGCAAAAGAUGAAUUUGCGAUGUUUCUUAGGACCAAAUCGACGCAACCAAAUUAUGUUUAAUAAUUGUCCUGUAGCAUAAAUUAGGUGUCUGACACAAGAUGUGCAUUUAUAGUUUUAUUAGUUUUUAUUAUUAUUAUUAUUAUUUUUUCCACUCUUUGUUCUGUACUGUAGGUCGAAUGAUACAUGCAGAUCAGACGCUUGCUACAGAUACGGAUGCCCACAGUGGUCAAAAUUAAAUAAAUAAAUAAAGAGAUAAGACAUUAAUAUUAGUAAUUAGUAAUAAAUACAGACAAAAUGUGUAAUGAAACAUGAAUUUGUGAAAUAAUCCAAUUGAUUUUUUUGAACUCGGAUUAAUAUUAUGAAAUUCUGUCUCAUCCUGAUUCUUUUCUCUAUAAUUAUAUAUAUAUAUAUAUAUAUAUAUA